AUGGCCAUGUCCUCGUUCCUCCUUUGCUUCCUGCCGCUCGUCCUCGCGCUUAAAGAUGUUUGGGCCGAAAAGGCCACGGCCGUCGCGGAGGAAGAGGCCUCCUUGCUGGAGAUUCGCAGCAAGCGUUCAGGCUCUGUGAAAAGGCCGCUGCUCGUGAUCCACGCCGGGCUCCACAAGACUGGGACCACGUCGCUACAGCUUUCCAUGAACUCCUGCAGCGACUGGGCCAGCAGCAUGGGCGUGACUUCCUUGGUUUUGGAAGGACAGCCGAAGAAGGUGAACCACAACUUCCUGGUACACUUCGCCGAGUCGGUGGGCCAAGAGCUGCCCCUCUACAAGGAGACCCUGGAGCUUCGCAACGAGAGCGCCUACCUGAGGACCUGGGAGAAGCUGAGGGACUGCGAGGAGCGGCACUUCGCGGGCUUGGCCCCGUGCAGAGCGCUGCUCUCCUCGGAGCUCUUCACCGAGGCACAGCUCCCGGUCUGGCAGGCCUUGUUCGAGAAGCUGCCGAAGUGGGACGUCCGGGUCCUGGUCUUCCACCGCUACUACCCGGCCUGGCUGCUCUCGCUCUACGGCGAGUACCAGAGGGAUUACAUGGUGGACACAGCCCACAACCCGAUGUCUUUGCUGGAGUUCGCAUUGGAGGGCCCUGGUGCUCAGCUCUCACCACGGCGGACGCUCGAACGCAUCCAGGACGCGCUCAGCCUCUGCAAGGGCGGCGAGACGGCACAGUGCAGUGUGCAAGGUGCUUCGUAUGAUCUCUUCCAGCACCAAGGCUACGAUCAGUACGAGUACGUCGUCCUCAACGUGACCAUGGAUCUCCAUGGCCAAGAAUUUCUUGCAGCCAACCGGAGCCUUUGGCAGACGUGCCCACACCGCAGCUUCAUCCAUGCCUCGCCGGCAAACCUCACACUGGCUGUGGACAUCGUCCGCCUGCUGAAAAACUCGCAUCAAGCGCGUGGCUGCACCUCUCAGUUCCAGCUCUCGGCCUCGAAUCGCGAAGUGCUGGAGCUGGCGAACAAGGAUGUCUUGCCCGUUGCCUGCAUGGACAUUGGAAAUCUCCUCGCGGAUGACUCCGCCAGGUGGUUCGAGAACGCUCAUGUCUCGCCGCCGACCUACCACAAGGAUUCGCAGUUCUGCCAGAUUCAGCAGCAGGCGCUGAAGCCGGAGCACUGGACAGUGAUGCACGCUCUUCUCACGGGCUGCCGUUCGGAGACGUCGGAGGAGACCGAAACCGGAGUUCCCGAAGGCUCCGAAGGCUCCGAGGGCUCCGAGCCGAAGGCGAAAGGCUCCAGCGGGGGCGCGGUUCGCCGAGAGAAGCGCAAGGAGGGCCUUUGGAGCAUGAAGUCCGCCAAGUCCGGGGGCGGCAUGGGCGGCAUGGGCGGCAUGAGCGGCAUGGGCAUGCUCUCCCAAGGGGCUCACUUGACUUUGGAGGCGCCUCAAGAUGCUGAGGCUGAGGCUGAGGCUGAGGCUGACCCCGGCCGGAGCUUCUUCGUUCGAAGCCCGCAAGUCCCGGUGCGCUCUGCGCUGGCAGUGGACUUCUCCGAGCGUGGCUCCCGCCUGCCAGCCCUACCGGCCCUACCGACUAAGCGGCUCUUCGGGGAUGAAGCUUUCGGCGAGGCUUCUGGGGAGGCUCAGGCUCAGGCUCCCGCCAAUAACGAAGAGAGCUUCGCUGGUGGCGCCGCGCCGGUGGGUGGUCUGGGAGGUUUGUUCGGGCUCCCCUUGGAGACCAGCCAGCUGCAGCUCAGCUCCGAGCCGGUGGUGCUCCCGGUGCUCCCGCAGGCCCAGGGCCUCAACGACUACGACUCCCAACACGCCGCUACGGCGCAAGGAGGACGCCGCACCGAAGAUGCCGAAGCCAAGAGCGCAGGUACCGGUACUGCCUUUCCCCACAAGGGGAAACAGAAGCAGUUCAAGGAACACAAGGGUCUUGCUCAUGGCCAGGGCCAUGCGCAGGCCCAUGGCGCCCACGGCGGUGCCCACGGCGGCGCCCACGGCGGCGCCCACGCCGGCGCCCACGGCGGCGCCCAGAAGAUUCCAGGGAAGGCCUUUGACGACGGCGCCCGCGGCGAAGCGGCUUUUCCAAAAGUGGUUCUUCCUCCCAUCUCCAAAGGAUCGGGAAGCGCCCCCCCUUCGGAGACGUUGCUGGAUCAUUUGGAGGGCCUUCCCAGCAAGAAGCCCGGAGUCCCGGGCAUGGCAGGAGUCUUCAGCGACGAGCAGGCGCGCCCGAUCCUGCGAGCGACGGGCAAAAGCCAGGACCAGGAGUAA